UCCCUCCCCUUCCGCUCCCCUUCUUCUCCGCAGACUCGGUAGGGUUUAGUGGCAGGAGGAGAGGUUUAGAGAUGGCGGCGUCGACGUGGGGCGACGACCUGGCUGAAGGAGAGUGGACCACCGUCACUCGCUCCGGUCGACCCACCUACUCCUCGCCGGCCAGGCGCUCCACGAACCCCACGCCGGCCGCUCCACGCCGCGUCGCCGCCUUCCCGAAGCCGGCAGCGGCGCCGACGGUGGGUGAGGUCGGCGAGGUGCUGGCGGGGCUCGGCAUCGAGGGCGGAAGCCGGAGGCUGGACAAGUACGACAUCCCGGUGGAGGUGAGCGGCGAGGCCGCGCCCGCGCCGGCGGUGGGGUUCGAGGAGGCCGGGCUGGCGGAGCCCGUGCUGCGGAACGUGGCGAGGUGCGGGUACGAGAGCCCCACGCCGGUGCAGCGCUACUCGAUGCCGAUUGUGCUGGCCGGGAGGGACCUGAUGGCGUGCGCGCAGACUGGGUCUGGGAAGACGGCCGCGUUCUGCCUCCCGGUGGUGAGCGGGUUGGUGGUGGCUUCGGAUGCGGCGUCAGGAGCGCGAGGAGGAGGAGCGGGUCGCGGGGACAGGGAGGCGUACGGGUACGGCCGCGCCGCGACGCCACGCGCGCUCGUGCUCGCGCCCACCAGAGAGCUUGCGGCACAGAUCUAUGAGGAGGCCAAGAAGUUCUCUCACCUAACUGGACUGAGAGUAAAGGUGGCUUAUGGAGGAACCCCAAUGUAUCAGCAGCAGCUACGUGAUCUAGAGAAAGGCGUCGAUGUUCUUGUUGCUACACCUGGACGCCUUGUCGACAUGGUUGAAAGAGCAAAGGUCUCUCUUGAGGCAAUUAAGUACCUGGUAAUGGAUGAGGCUGACAGGAUGCUGGAUAUGGGGUUUGAACCUCAGAUAAGGAAGAUAGUUGAUGGGAUGGGUAUGCCACGAAAGUCUGUGAGACAAACUAUGCUUUUCAGUGCAACCUUCCCACCACAAAUACAGAGACUGGCUUCGGACUUCUUGUCAAAGUACAUAUUUAUCACUGUUGGGAGGGUGGGGUCAAGUACUGAUCUAAUUACGCAGAAAGUUGAGUUUCUCUCAGACGGGGAGAAAAGAAUUUACCUGCUAGAUCUCUUGCAGAAGCAAUCUGUCGGUUCAUCUGACGGGAAGCUGCAGCAGCCUCUAACAUUGGUUUUCGUGGAGACAAAACGAGAGGCUGAUUCAUUGAGGUAUUGGCUAUACAACAAAGGUUUCCCUGCAACAGCAAUCCAUGGUGACCGAACACAAGAGGAGCGGGAGAGUGCAUUGCGAUCCUUCAAGUCUGGCUUGACUCCUAUCAUGGUUGCCACUGAUGUAGCCUCAAGGGGGCUGGAUGUCCCAAAUGUUGGUCAUGUGAUCAACUACGAUCUUCCCAAGAGCAUCGAGGACUAUGUCCACAGGAUUGGAAGAACUGGAAGAGCUGGAAAUGCUGGGUGUGCCACCGCCUUCUUCACGGAAUCCAACCAGCCUAUAGCAAAGGGAUUGCUGGAGCUGAUGACUGAAGCAAAACAGAGUGUUCCUGACUGGCUAGAGGAGUAUGCAGCGAGGCCAUGUUAUGGAGGGUCAAGCUACGGUGGAAGAAGCCGGAGGUCCAGUGGUGGCAGCAGCUUUGGUGGCAGAGAUUAUCGCAGCGCUGGAGACUAUUCUGGCAACAGCUACUCUGGCGGCGGUGACCGCAGCAGCUACUAUGGCGGCGGCGGUGGCAACAGCUACUCUGGUGUCGGUGGCGGCGGCAACAGCUACUCCGGUGGUGGUGGCCGCAGCAGCUACUCUGGUGGUGGGGGGUCCUCCAGGUCAAGUGCUCCACCUCCGCGGUACUACCCUUCCUACCCCAUGGGCACGUCGAACAUCAACGCCUCUGGCUGGGACUAGCUGGCAUGCACCCUCACUUCUUGGUGCACAUACAGUACAUAUUAGUACGCUAAAAUACGCAGGGAACCAAAUCGCUUGAGUGCUGCCUGAUCUAAGCUCGGUGUCUGCUGGUACUUUUGCAUUGUCGACGGUCGUAUUGAUGGAGCACAGGGGUAAGUCGCGAAUGUUUUGCUAGGAAAUUGGGAUGCCACAUGGAUUUGUUGGUGUCAUUGGUGAGAUCAGACUCCACUCUGUUCUUAAAACAUGCUGGCUAUAUUAUUGCAAGGGGCAAAUGACAGUGCUGCGUUAUAAUGUUACCAUGAUCAGACUCCCUUUUAGUUGCUUC